AUGGGGACGGUACCAGAUCCUCUGAGGUCUGCCAAACUUUUGUUGGUUGCCGCUUCUGAAGAGAGAGAUUGCCUGGGAGAUCCGCAAUCCACUAAGCACCAGCACAAACAAGCAAGCCUAGAGAGGAGCAGUAAUGGCAUUUCUUACACCACGGCUGAAUCUGCUGGAGUUUGCUUGUUUGACCUGAACUGUACUGUAGUUUCCAACAUUCAAGGGGAUGAGCACCUCUGUGGGGAUGAUACUAGCCAGCCAGACAUGUUUUUGCCUGGGUCCUUCAGCCAAGCUGAAGAAGUGCCUCCUGCAUGUACAGAAUCGGCCAGUAACUCGGAGCAAAGGGGCAGCAGUGACUCCACAGUGCAAGCACAGAUUGUAGCAAGAACCUGUGCAGCUGGGCAUGCAACGGAUAUGAUGCCAGCUACCCACAAUUCCAACCAGCUUCUACAAAGUGACCUACCAACGAUAAGGUCACUGGCACAAGUUGAUGACUGUGCAGUGAAGGUCUGUAGGAUGAAUGAUCCGGCAGAACUUCAGGAGUUAAAUUAUCCUUCCCCAGACAACACUAUCAAGGGUAGUGAGUCCUGUCACCAUUCUUCUCAAGCAAAUACCCUGCAAAGAAUAGACAUGGAAAAAGAAAAAGCAGUGGAAAUAAAUGACCCUGGCUUCUCUCUGGCAGCCACUCCAGUGAGGGACUUUGACGCUGUUCCUGAUCUGGGGAUCAGGCUGCAGGUUUAUUCAGAAGCAGAAAUAAGGGCUGCAAAUGAUGUGAAAUCCUGUCCCACUUUUAGGACUGCACUUGCACAGAGCAAUGAGGCUUUGCCACCAUCCAGUUUUGAGGGGACACCACCCGUGUGCAAGGCAGAGACGGAGAAAACAGGACCAGUGCUGCCUCAGCUCUCCAGGUUCAGAGAAGCAAGUACAAUGACAGUCCAGCCUGAGAGCACAUCUUUAACUCGGGAGGCAGUAUACAGGACGUGGCGUGAUGCUGAGGUUCAGGCAGUGGCCAGUAUGGAGAGCAAAUCCGCUUCCACCAGCCCAAGUAUCCUUGCUGCAUUCUUCAAGGGGAAUCCUCCUUCGGAGGCAAAGGAGCAAGUGCACAUCAUUUAUCAGAGUGGUGGUGGGCAGAACCAGUCAGAACUUGCUGACGACUUUGCAUCACUCCAAAAGCCAGCCUUGUGUCCUGGUAUCAUACCAGAAGUGUGUGCUCUGACAGCGGGGAUGGAUACAGUGAAAGCUCAGCCUGCCAAACUGCAAAAGCAUCAGGGAGACCCACCUGACACCAUCUGUCCAGUGCUGUCAGGUAGCACAACACCUGCCUGUCCAUGCCCACAAGGAGCCGGGAACACCCAAGGAACACCUGCUGACGGGGCAGAAACACAAGUAGCCUGCUUGGCCAGAGACAGCACAGACAUUCCUCAGCUACCAUCAGAUGCUGCAGUCUUACUGAAGGCAAAACCUGUUUACCAGAUUACGGUUAACACCAGUAAUCAGCCUGCAGCACCUCAAGAGUCUGGUGAUGGUGAACCCCACCCGUCUCCAUUUGCAGCAGUCCCAGAAGCCAGCAACAACUUUCCACACCAAGUCAGUGAUUCAGAAAGUAACCAGUCACCUGGACACGGUAGUGUACCCCAUGGAACUGAGCAGACGGAGACCCUGUGCAGCGCAGCUGGUAACAGCACUGAUAGAAAGCCUUCGCCGUUCCAAAGUGUUGAUGAAGUGCGAAUCAGUCCGGCUAAUGUCAAAACAGAGAGAGAGACAAAGAAGGAAGAAAAGCUAAUGUUGCUUGAUUCUAAAGGAGGAGUUAACACCAGUACUGGAGCUGCUGCUGGCUCUAUGAAGGUGUAUGCACCAGGCACAGUUAAAACGGAGCAGGAUAAAAUGUUGGAAGAAACUAAUCAGGCAAAGAAGUCCAGCAGCCUGAGUCUGCAAGCUGGAUUUACACCUGAGUUGAAUAUGAAUUCUACCCACGACACCCAUAGGCUGGGGACCCCAACAGCUCCACCAGAUCAAAUUAGCAAGGCCAGUGAAGCUAGGAAGGAACCAACAGCUGUUCCUGCCUCUGCUCCAUUACUGCCACGUCUUGGGGAAAAGAAGAAAAAGCCCACGGUCGCCACGGAGGCAAACGUACAGGUGCAGCAAUCCAAGCACAUCAGAGAUGUUGUGUGGGAUGAACAAGGCAUGACAUGGGAGGUGUAUGGUGCUUCGCUAGACCCAGAGUCACUGGGGAUCGCUAUCCAAAAUCACUUACAAAGACAAAUACGAGAACAUGAGAAACUGAUCAGGGCACAAAGCACCCAGAACCGGAAAUCGAUUUCCUCGGAGACGUCUUCAAAUAAGAAACUUAAAGGGAGGCAGCAUAAUGUGUUCCAGUCCAUGCUGCAGAACUUUAGGCGACCUAACUGCUGUGUCCGACCUGCUCCUUCUUCUGUGUUAGACUGA